AUGGCCGAGGAUGGCUGGCCUCUCGGACUUGGGACUUUGAAUGCACGAGCUGGACUGCUCGGAGGUGCUAAUCGAUCUGGUUCAUCAGCCUCCUUCGUCACGAACUUCACCUCUUCCCACUGCGCUUCUUCCUUGCCUUCGACUGAUUUUGACACCGAGUCGGCCUGGUCCUUGCCGCGCACCAGGGGCGGCGUGACGCUGGCGAGCCUCAUCGGCCUCGUGGACGCAAUGGAGAGCCGGCGACGUCCGAGCGCGAGAGCGGUCAGGAGCGGCAAGCUCAGGGCCCUGCUGCUCUCGCUCUGCCUCCGGAGCCACCUGGAGAACGGCAGCGGGGCACCAUCGCUUGGCCAAUUCCUCGAGAUGGAGAGGAGAGCGAGUGGUGGUAGCAGCCAUGUCCAUGGAAUCUAA